GUUUUUGAAUCUAUUUCAUUUUAAUUUUUAUAGCAUCAUGCAUAGAAAGCAUAAUUAAUUUCUGCCUUUCUUAUUCUCUAAUAAAUGCAUUUAAGGCUAUAAUUUCCUUCUGUGUGGGCAUAUGGGUAUAUCCCGCAGAUUUUAUUAUGAAUUUUUGCUUUCCCUUUGACUGUUAAUGGCUGUUCUUAUUGCAUUUUAGUCAGUGAAUGUGGCCUGUGUUAUGUGAGUUAAAUUUUAUCCAUAGGAUAUUUCUGUUAAAAAACAAACAAACAAACAAACAAACAAUAAAACCCCUUUCUAACCCCAUGGAUGUAUUCUACCUCUUUAUUAUAUCCAACAGAGCUAUAUGCUUGGUAUGUGCUCAGUAAAUAUUUGUGGAAAGACAUAUGCAGAGCAAGCAUUUAGAGGGAAUUCACACCUAAGAGUUAGCAGUGUUGAUGUGCCAGUAAUAAUACUUAGCACUUUCUCUGUGCCGGGAACUCAUCUAAGUACGAUGCCCUCUAUUCACCCAGUUAGUCUUCAUCACAGUUCCAUGAGGCAGGAACUCUUUUUACUCCCAUUUUCCAGGUGAAAAAGUAGAGUCAUUGUAAGGUCAAGUUUGUCCAGUGGUUCACACUGAGAAAGCCAGAGGUGGGGUUUUGAACUGGUCUGGCCCCAGAUCCCACUCUCAUAACCCGUAUGUUCUAUUGCCUUGCAAGUGGUCACUUUUCCACAACAUUUAAUCUGAUUCCUAAACAUUUCUCUAAUUACUUUGAAUGUGUUCAGUGAGAGAAACUCUCGACCUUUUUCUCACAGUUAUUUUUCAAAAAUUGCUAGUAAAGAAGUGUCUACAUUUCACUGCCUCUCUAAACUGCACUCUCAAGGCACUGCAGCCAUAGCUUGCCCUUGGGCUCUAUAAGCCCGGCACCCAUGAAGCUGGCUAGCCUAGGACCUACUGGUUUUAAUUUUGUGUGUGCGACAAAAGAGACUUUCAAAGAAAUGCAACCAAGCAUCUCUCCUGGCUCAUGCUGGAGACCACACAAGCUGGGAGAGCCUUGGUUUUUGAGAUCGAGUGUGUCGAGAUACUACACCUCUGAGAAAAACCAAGUAGAUUUUCAUGGACUCUUUUCCUUGUGCUUCUCUUGCACAUAGAGAAACCUGGUCUUUGGAGCUCUGAUUGAAAAUAAUUUGUUAUUAUUAGGGAUAUUUCCUAACCAAAAUGACAGCUAUUUUUCUCUCCCUAUUGAAGAUUGGAAAGCUACAUCCUUGAAUACUUAUUGAAUAAAAGUUCCCUUCUUUCUCUCAUAAAAAGAAUGCCUUUUGUAUUUUUGUUCCCUUCAGGGAAGUUUCUAUGCAGCUUCCUUGCAAAAGAGCAAUUUAAUUUGUACUGCACAAUCAUUUUCUUGUGGAAAACUAAUAAAAUACAAAUUCCAUUUUUCAGCAUUAGGUUGUGGCUAAAGGCUUUUGAAAGUUUUAUGUAGUAUCUGCUUUUCUUUUUCCAUUUUUAAAAAUAAUGAUUGAGAGGAAAAAUGAUGUAAAUGCUCAUAUGUAUUAUGUACAUGGUUGAUAAAAUAUUCCCUUAAGUUUAUUGUUUUUCUCAAACAAAACAUGUAAGUGAAUACUUUGCAUGUAACUCUCAAGGCCUUUCACCUUCCUGCAAGUAGAUGUGAAUCAAGAAUGAAGCCGGCGAAUCUGUGUUUCUUCUGAGACAUCUUACUCACUUCUUUCUGGCAGGUCCAGGAUGUCUAGGGUUCUGCUCUUUGCAUUUCACUAAUUAAAGCCCUGGGAGCUGUUCCAUUUUGCAGGUCCCCUCAGAAGUAGAAGAUGAGCGCUUGCUUUUGGCUGAGAUGUUUUACACAGAAACAAUCAUAAUAGUAGCAGUUGCGAUAGGUGACAUUUAGGGAGCACCUGUUGUGUAUGGUGAACUGCACCAAGCACUUUGUAUGUAUGAUCUGCCUAAUAAGUAGAGAGUUAUUGUUCCAUUUUAUAUGCCAGGGGAAACAAGCAAGUAAUUUAUCUGCAGUCACACAGCUGGAAAAUGGAAAGAUGGGGUUGGAACCUACUGAGUCUGACUCCAGUAUUGAGUCUUUUGACCACAGUGAGUGACUAGAAGGAAAAGGAGCCUUCAACAUGCUGUCCUUCCACACCCUGGAUUUUUCAGAUGGGCAUGACUAGGUUUACUGAGUAGCAAAUAUGAAGGAACAAAAUUUAUUUUCUCAUCUGCUGUGAAAUCCAACCAAUACUGCCUUCACAGGAAAGAUCUAUGCUGCCUUGUUAUCUGAAUGGCUCACUGCCCUCUCAGCUUUCUCCUGCACCCGUAAGUCUGCAUUGCCAUCCUAUGAUCCACCCAUUUGUAAUCUAGCUUCUGCAUUGCCUCCCCUGACACACCCCAGAAAGAAGCAUGCCCUUGCUUCCUUUCCCCUCUUGCCGUAUUUUCUUGGCAUUCUUCAUCUCAGAACAUCUUCCAGCCCCUUUAUCUCCUCCUGUCCAAGUCGUAGUAAUGAAUUCUUGGAGGAUGCUUGCACGCGACUCUGUAGCACCUGGAUUAUGAGAAGGAAGGCAGUGGAUAGAGUCCUUUCUUUGACAGUCUGGAGGCAUUCACUCUCUUGCUACAAGGUGUAGCUUCAGCAGUGACUGACCAUUUGAAAAUAGAGAAAGUUUACCUUUCCAAAGCUAGAGGUCUCUCAAUAAAGUUUUCUCACUAAGGUGGAUGAAGAGGAAGGAUCCCUCAAAAGAAACAGGAUGGAGAUGAUACCACUGGCUCUUACAGAAUCUUUUAAAGAGGCAGCUUUGCCAGGCUUCUGCUCCAGAGCCCAGCCUCUCCCUAUCCACUAUCCUAUCGCUCCUUAAAAACAGUGAGUUUUAUUGACACAGAGGUGAGCAGUAAAGAAGCAGCUUGAUUCUGAGUCAGAUUGUACCCUUGAUUCUUGAAGUGUCAAUUCCUUGAAAGUGGAUUCUUCAAAUUCAUUUUCUAAGCCACUCCAUAGUCUUUAGUUUAACUCCAAAGGAAGACAAUUAUUUCAAACAUAAGAGUUAUUAUCUAUUGGAAUUUCUUACAAAGUUGGGGAAGAGGCAGAAGGGCAGAAGUCAGUUUCAUCAGAAGGGACUUCUGUCCCUUGCUCUUGGGAAGUGAGGGUUGCAUCCCUAACCAAGAAAGGGAGUCACACCCCUUCCCUCAGCCUCAUCCACCCACUCAUGCACUCAGCCUCCAGCAUGUCGCAAAUGGGGCAACCCUAUUUCCCGCCUUUCCAUGCCCAGGGGCUCCCACAGGGCCACGCGGGUGAUGGGGACCUGACACGCCCCAGCAGGGAGAGGCUCGCUCGGUCCCCGCCCCCUCCGCAGGUGCGGCCCUAAUCCCCCCGGCCUAGAUAUCCGGCAGCCUCUAGGAGCCCGGGCUCUGUGAUGUAAUGCUCUUUUUUCACACUCCGGGCUUAAAUACAGAUGGAAAUUGUUGUCAUGUGUUAGAAAUGUCGCCAGUAAUAUAAAAGGCGCAAGCCUGGGCAUCUUCUUUCCCUUCUCGCACCAUCAGCUGUUCCUGCUGCCAGCACCUCUUCCCUCGAAAACCCGCUCUGUGGUCAGGUGGCCCAGGCGCCCCCAGCUCUCCUAGGAAGGGGUUCGGAUCCCACCCCCCUACCCCCGCCUCUCUUUACAACCGCUGCAGAGCCGAGGACCAGCGUGGUGGGAGGCGGUUUCAGGCUCACAAAGGGAAGGAUUAAUCUUGGCGAUUGGGCUGGGGUUUGCAGGCACAACCCGAUCUCCCAGAGAAGGAGAAGUGCCUGGCGUGGACUAUAACUUUCUGACUGUGAAGGAGUUCUUGGACCUCGAGCAGAGCGGGACUCUUCUGGAAGUCGGCACCUAUGAAGGAAACUAUUAUGGGACACCCAAGCCUCCUAGCCAGCCAGUCAGUGGGAAAGUGAUCACGACGGAUGCCUUGCAAAGCCUUCAGUCUGGCUCUAAGCAGUCGACCCCGAAGCGAACCAAGUCCUACAAUGAUAUGCAAAAUGCUGGCAUAGUCCAUGCGGAGAAUGAGGAGGAGGAUGACAUUCCUGAAAUGAACAGCAGCUUUACAGCCGAUUCUGGUGAACAAGACGAGCACACUCUCCAAGAAACAGCAUUACCACCUGUGAAUAAUAGCAUCAUCGCUGCUCCCAUCACGGACCCUUCUCAGAAGUUCCCUCAAUACCUACCUCUUUCUGCAGAGGAUAAUUUAGGUCCUCUACCUGAAAACUGGGAGAUGGCCUAUACCGAAAAUGGAGAAGUCUAUUUUAUAGACCAUAAUACGAAAACAACAUCUUGGUUAGACCCUCGGUGCCUGAACAAGCAGCAGAAGCCUCUGGAAGAGUGUGAAGAUGAUGAAGAAGGGGUACACACCGAGGAGCUGGACAGUGAACUAGAACUGCCUGCUGGUUGGGAAAAGAUUGAAGACCCUGUCUAUGGUGUCUACUAUGUAGACCACAUCAACAGGAAGACGCAAUAUGAGAACCCAGUUCUUGAAGCCAAACGGAAGAAGCAGCUUGAGCAGCAGCAGCAGCAACAGCAGCAGCAACAGCAGCAGCAGCAGCAGCAGCAACAGCAGCAACAGCAGACAGAAGAAUGGACAGAAGAUCACUCAGCCCUUGUGCCUCCUGUUAUUCCAAACCACCCGCCAAGCAAUCCAGAGCCAGCCAGAGAAGCUCCACUUCAGGGCAAACCUUUUUUUACACGAAACCCUUCUGAGUUGAAAGGCAAGUUCAUUCACACAAAGCUGCGGAAAAGCAGUCGUGGCUUUGGCUUCACGGUGGUUGGAGGGGAUGAACCUGAUGAGUUUCUGCAGAUCAAGAGUUUGGUCCUAGAUGGUCCUGCUGCAUUGGACGGCAAGAUGGAAACAGGGGAUGUGAUUGUCAGUGUGAAUGACACCUGUGUUUUGGGACACACACAUGCUCAAGUUGUGAAGAUCUUCCAGUCCAUCCCCAUUGGUGCCAGCGUGGACCUUGAACUCUGCCGAGGUUAUCCAUUGCCUUUUGAUCCAGAUGACCCCAAUACAAGUUUAGUGACCUCGGUAGCUAUUUUGGAUAAAGAACCAAUUAUUGUGAAUGGGCAAGAGACCUAUGAUUCACCAGCUAGCCACAGUAGUAAAACAGGCAAAGUCAAUGGCAUGAAGGAUGCCCGGCCAAGCAGCCCAGCGGAUGUGACUUCAAAUAGUUCUCAUGGUUAUCCUAAUGACACUGUUUCUUUGGCUUCCUCCAUAGCCACUCAGCCAGAACUCAUAACUGUUCAUAUUGUCAAAGGGCCAAUGGGCUUUGGUUUUACUAUCGCAGACAGUCCUGGUGGGGGUGGCCAAAGAGUGAAACAGAUUGUUGACAGCCCAAGGUGCCGAGGCCUGAAAGAAGGGGAUCUCAUAGUGGAAGUUAAUAAGAAGAACGUACAGGCCCUAACUCACAACCAAGUGGUGGAUAUGCUGGUUGAGUGUCCUAAGGGAAGUGAGGUCACAUUGUUGGUGCAACGAGGAGGGCUGCCAGUUCCCAAGAAGAGCCCAAAGUCGCAACCACUGGAAAGGAAAGACAGCCAGAAUAGUUCUCAGCACAGUGUUUCCAGCCACCGGAGCCUGCACACAGCAUCCCCAAGCCACAGCACACAGGUGCUCCCCGAGUUCCCACCUGCAGAAGCCCAAGCUCCGGAUCAAACUGACAGCUCUGGCCAGAAAAAACCAGAUCCUUUUAAAAUCUGGGCCCAGUCCAGGAGCAUGUAUGAAAACCGACCCAUGUCACCUUCACCUGCAUCGGGAUUGAGCAAGGGUGAGAGAGAGAGAGAAAUCAAUUCCACGAAUUUUGGAGAAUGUCCGAUUCCAGAUUACCAGGAACAGGACAUCUUCCUCUGGAGAAAAGAGACUGGAUUUGGAUUUAGGAUUCUGGGUGGAAAUGAACCAGGGGAACCUAUUUAUAUUGGUCACAUUGUACCACUGGGUGCUGCUGAUACCGACGGCCGCCUGAGGUCUGGAGAUGAAUUAAUCUGUGUGGAUGGGACGCCAGUAAUUGGAAAAUCACACCAGCUUGUGGUCCAGCUUAUGCAACAAGCUGCCAAACAAGGCCACGUCAAUCUCACAGUGCGGCGUAAAGUGGUUUUUGCGGUACCCAAAACCGAGAACGAGGUGCCCUCGCCAGCCUCCUCUCAUCACAGUAGCAACCAGCCAGCCUCGCUGACGGAAGAGAAGCGCACCCCGCAGGGCAGCCAGAAUUCGCUGAACACGGUGAGCUCGGGCAGCGGCAGCACCAGCGGCAUCGGCAGCGGCGGCGGCGGGGGCAGCGGCGUGGUCAGCACUGUGGUGCAGCCCUACGACGUGGAGAUCCGGCGUGGGGAGAACGAGGGCUUCGGCUUCGUCAUCGUGUCCUCGGUGAGCAGGCCCGAAGCAGGCACGACCUUUGCAGGCAAUGCAUGUGUGGCUAUGCCUCACAAAAUAGGUCGGAUUAUUGAGGGGAGCCCUGCUGACCGCUGUGGCAAGCUGAAAGUAGGAGACCGGAUCUUGGCAGUAAAUGGAUGUUCCAUCACCAACAAAUCCCAUUCAGACAUUGUGAACCUAAUCAAGGAAGCAGGAAACACAGUUACCCUCCGCAUCAUUCCUGGGGAUGAGUCCUCGAAUGCCACCUUGCUGACCAAUGCAGAGAAGAUCGCCACCAUCACCACCACACACACCCCUUCUCAGCAAGGGACCCAGGAGACAAGGAAUACCACCAAACCAAAGCAGGAAUCUCAGUUUGAGUUCAAAGCACCCCAGGCAACACAGGAGCAAGAUUUUUACACUGUGGAACUGGAAAGAGGAGCCAAGGGAUUUGGCUUUAGCCUUCGAGGAGGCCGAGAGUAUAACAUGGACCUCUAUGUUCUGCGCUUAGCAGAGGAUGGUCCUGCAGAGAGGUGUGGAAAGAUGAGGAUUGGUGAUGAAAUUUUAGAGAUCAAUGGUGAGACCACCAAAAACAUGAAGCAUUCUCGAGCUAUAGAACUGAUUAAGAAUGGUGGCCGCAGAGUUCGUCUGUUUCUGAAGCGGGGAGACGGCUCAGUACCAGAAUAUGACCCCAGCAGCGACCGCCACGGCCCCCCAACCGGUCCACAAGGUGUUCCGGAAGUGAGGGCCGGGCCCGACCGCCGGCAGCAUCCGUCAUUGGAGUCCAGUUACCCACCCGAUCUUCACAAAUCAUCACCACAUGGGGAAAAGCGGGCACACGCAAGGGAUCCGAAAGGCAGCAGAGAGUAUAGCAGACAACCCAAUGAACACCACACCUGGAAUGGGACUUCGAGGAAACCCGACAGCGGGGCAUGCCGACCCAAGGACCGGGCGCCGGAGGGACGGAGGGACGCGCAGGCCGAGCGCACGGCAGCCGCCAACGGCCCCAAGAGGCGGUCCCCAGAGAAGCGGAGGGAGGGCACCCGCAGCGCCGACAACACUUUGGAGAGGAGGGAGAAGCACGAGAAGAGACGAGACGUCUCUCCGGAGCGGAGGCGAGAGCGGUCACCCACCCGCAGGAGAGACGGCUCCCCCAGCCGGCGGAGACGGUCUCUGGAGAGACUCCUGGAGCAAAGGAGGUCCCCCGAGCGCAGGAGAGGGGGCUCGCCCGAGCGCAGGGCCAAGUCCACCGACCGGAGGCGCGCGCGCUCCCCCGAGCGCAGGAGAGAGCGGUCCCUGGACAAAAGGAAUAGAGAGGAGAGAGCCAGCCACCGAGAAAGGGAAGAGGGGAAUCUGAAACAGGAUGCCGGCAGAAGUUCCAGACAUCCCACGGAGCAGAGAAGGCGAGCUUACAAAGAAUGUAGCACCGACCUCAGUAUCUGAGACGCUGAGUCACAUUCCAACCUUUACCGUGUCAAAGGUUCUAAGAGGAAAGUCACAAACGUGAAAUUAUUUAGUUUCUUACCUAAUGAAGCAUCUGACACCUGAUGAUCCUAUGAAUAACAACAAACAUUUUAUGCAUUUGAAAUCUUAUAAGAAAAAUAUAUAUGAAAAGUAUUGUGCCUGAUGUAUCAUAUUAAAGAAAGUAUUUUUAAAUGCAUACUUUUUUGGAAAUUAUUUGCCAAAUGCUGGCCCAAAGGGGUAUAAAUUUUGUUUCUACGUAACCUGUAGAAUCGUCAAGAAUUGUUCCCGUUUUUGAGCAAUCUUUUUCUCUCCUGGUUAAAUGGGGCUGUUGAUCAUUUUCUCUAAGUAAGGGAAUUUAUUGAUUAAGUUUAAUUAAUUUGAUAUAGACUGUUAUGUAGUGAUAUAGUGCUAUACUGUAGUCGGCAGUUUUUCUUAAAAGCAAAGAACAAAAAGGCAAAGUUUUAUUUGUAAAAGCUGAGGACCCUUUGGGAUGGAUUAUGUUUGCCGAUCCUAAAAGUAAGCAAACUGUAUGACAAGACUACUAUUGCAAAUGAAGGAUAUUUAUAGCUAAACUGCGUAGCACAAAGACGUUUUAUAUUGUGAGUUAUAGUUGGUUCAGAAAACAGUUUGUAAUCUCCCUGGCCCAGGAAGGCACAGAGACAAAAAUGUCGGCCAUCUUUACCCAAAUACAACCCAAGCACAGAUAGUCAGGUUCAUGAGCAUCUCCAGCAUCUAAUUAAAUCUCAUUGAAGGCAAUGCCAUCACAGCUUUGCUCAGUUACUGCAAGGAACAGACAACAAGCUUUUUUCAUGUUGUCUUGUCUGAUCGGAGGCUGAAUAGUAGAUGGAACGGGGGACAGUGUGCCUGGUGUGAGGAAGACGUAAGAUCCCCAAUUUGGAAAGCAUGCCCCUCCCCCUUUUAGUAUAAGCCCAUAGUUGCCCUUAGCCAAAUUGGGGAGGAGGGAAUGAGCCUUGGUGGAAGGAACCGCUCUGUUGAUAUUUAAAGAAGUGAGGGCUGUGGGUAUUCAUAGAAAUCCCAAUUUCACUUUGAAACCAUAGUCCAAGUCUCUAGGUUGGUAGAAGAGAAAGGAAGGAAGUGGUCCCAGUGGUUCUAGAUCUGGUUGGGAAACUUCUGCCUCAUGACUCUGUCCUUUGAGUCCUUUGGACAGCAGCACAAAACAUAACAAUUUUUAUUUUUAGACAGACCCAUUCUUUUUGACCCCACAGGAGCUGUGGUUGGGUCGGCUGUAGCCCCGGGAUGUGGUUUAAGUGGAUUACUGCCUAGCUGAGCCAAAAUGUUUGCUUGUACCUGUUGGACCACUACAGCAAACCGCUGCUUACAGUGCAUUGUGUAUUUCCGUAGUACUGUUUUGCAUUUUCCAUACAGACACAAAACUUUGCAAGUCAAUCACUGUUGUUCCCAUGGUACUGUAAGGAAAAAAAAAAAAGGAAAAAGAAAAAAAAAAAAAGAAAACCAGCCAAUCAUUGCGUGUACAGAGCUGAAAAUUGUAAUUAAUAGAGCCUGUUGGGAAAAAAAACAGCUGUUGCCUUUUUUUCUUGUAUAAAAGAGAAUUUAUGACAAAAUUUAGCUGUGAGGAAUGUGAUAUGUGUUUAUAUUUCUGAAUAUGGAAUAAAUUGAUUCAUGGGGAUAUAUUUUAAUGUAAACUAAAUCAGGUAUGUAAAGUUGUUUUAAAAUGGGAGACUAUAUAAGUAAUUCUCUAGAGCUUUAGUUGGUUUGAAUAUCAUCAUUUCCUCCAUGAUGAGCCUGCUUGUGAAUUAUUAAGCACUUGUUUGCAUUCUCUGUUCUUCACUCAUUUAUUUCUUGCAGUGUGCUAUGGACUUAAUGCUCUUUCUGUAUUGAUGAAAAGCAGUAUGUGGGCCAAUCUUUUUAUAAAACACUAUGCAUAUAUAAAUAUUACAUUGUUCAUAGCUUUAUUUGACUUAUGGGUUUAUACAUAACAUUAGAAUGAGUAGCUAUAGUUGUGUGGACAUUUAUAAAACAAGUUCCUUUCCUGGAACAGACACAAUAUACAUUCUGUAGCUAAAAAGGAGGGAAAAGUCUGUGAAUGCUAUUUUUAUUAUUAAAGUUUUCCAUACAAAGCAUACAUUGAGCUGUAGUAAGGCUGAGGAAGAGUACAACUGAAUAAUGAUGUUCUUUUUCAUCAAGUUCCUAAGAGCCGACUUGGAGAUUUUAUUCCCAAGGCUCCACUGCUAGGAUUCUUCUCACUAGUUCUAACAAAAUCUGUGAUGUUAAAUGACUGAUGCUCUCAAUUGUGGUCCAGAGUUUUAAGUAAAUGAAAUCAAGGUAGAUUUUGGGAAUAUAUCCUGAAGUUAACAUCUUGAUGUCCUUCUUGUUGUAAGAUGAUUUUUGACAUUUUAAAAUCUAUGUGCUACCCACCUGGGCUUAUCUCAAUCCGUGGACUUCUUGGUGUGGCAGUUUCUCCUGAAUUCCACACAUCAGAUUUGUUUGGAAAUAUUGUACUGUACAGGGACUAUGCGUUAAGCAGAAAGAUAUAGUUUUCUUUGAACUACUGUAACCUUAAAUUGGAAACUGAUUCUUGUGAGCCUACUUUCCUUAAUCCCGCCCUCCCUCACUUAAUGUAAAUGUCUUGAUGAGAGAUGAUGGAUGAGUAUUUUGUAUGAUGAAAUCAAAUGAUUUAGGAAUUUGUCUCCCUCCAUUACACAGUUGAUGCCUGAAAGAAUGUUGGGGGGGGAGGACUCAACACCCUAAUUGUAUUUUUUAAGUUUCUUUUGUGAAAGAUUUUUUAAUGCAUUUUUACUGUAAAAAUACAUGGAAAUGUAUGCAUUCCACAACCAC